AUGUCACACUUCAAUAACUACACUGGCUGGGCCAACCCACCCAACUACGGCGCACAAGAGACAGACGAGGCAGCACUGCUUCUCGCAGCUGAUCUUGACGAUAAAGAUACUGUUCAAUUUUUGUUGGAGAGUGGGGUCUCUGUCGAGGCCGAAAACGAAUCAGGCGAGACAGCAAUCUUUGUCGCAAGUCGAAAAGAUAUUAUUCAACUACUGCUGAACUACGGGGCUGAUAUCAAUGCUGUUAAUAAUGAUGGCAAUACACCGCUGCACGAGGCUGUUGUUGGUUGCGAUUCAGCUAGGGUUCGACUAUUGCUAAAGAGCGGCGCAAAUGUCGAAGCUUUAGACCGAAAUCUUGAUACAGCGCUGCAGGUUGCAGCUAUGCAGGGCCAGCCAGAGACUGUUAAAGUACUGCUGAAACAUAACGCCAGCGUCGAAGCUGCUGUCCGAGAAGGUGAAACACCGUUGCACCUUGCAGCAAUGUACAACACCACAGAUUGUACCAAACUUCUGUUGAAACAUAAAGCAGAUCUUAAGAAUACUGAUCACCGUGGCAAUACACCUCUACAUUGCGCAGCUUAUUAUGGCGCGUGGGGGGAUGUCGAACUGCUGCUCAAAUGGCACGCAAGGAUCAACGCCACCAAUACUAAUGGCCGGACAGCACUGCAUCAGGCUGUUUCCUCGGAUUCUUGUGCCUACCACAACGAUCGGUCUGAAAAACACGAAAUGACCGUCAAGGUAUUGGUGAAAAAUGGCGCAAACAUCGAGGCUGCUGAUAAAGACGGUAAAACACCGCUCCAUCUAGCUAUUGAGUCUCGUCACAGAGAUGCAGCCAGGUUUUUACUAAAAAGGAAGGCUAAUGUUAAUGCCACUGAUCUCAGUGGUAGAACACCUCUGUUUUAUGCCAUUGAGUGCCUUCGGCUCGGGGAAACCCCUGAACUCAUAGAGCAGCUUGUUCAGCUACUGUUGGAUUAUGGAGCCAAUGCUCAGGUUACCGAUAAUUUGGGCCGUACAGUAAAAGACGUGGCUAUUGAGAAGAAGUGUUUUUCUGUCGUCGCGUUGUUGAUCAGAGCACGAGACUCGAAUAUUGUGGGUUCGGGAAGCCCGUCGUCACUAGGAGGGGACGAAGAAAUGGACGAUGAAGAAGAUGACGAAGAAGAUGGUGAAGAGGAGGACGAAGAGGAUGAUGAAGAUGAUGAAGAUGGCGAAGAUGGCGAAACAAGUGGAUAG